AUGGCGACAUCGAAACCACAAGAUGAAGGCUUUGCGAUACCGCAGAUAGACAUGUCCAAAGAUGAAGAAUCUGUGGUGGCAGAGCUGUAUGCAGCGCUGACAACCACCGGUUUUGCAACGCUGACAGGACACGGCAUCAGCAAGGAACUCCGAGAGAAGGCGUUUGCUGCUUCCAAGGCAUUUUUUUUGCUGCCGACCGAAGAGAAACUCAAGUGUGCCUAUCAAGGCCAUCGGUCCAACAGAGGAUACAUUGGCAUUGGAAAGGAAACUCAUGAAACCUCUGCUUCUUCGGACUAUAAGGAGACAUUUGACAUCAACGUGGACGAAUCAUCCGGAUUUUCCCAACCGUGGCCAAGUUCUACCGGUAGUGGACCCCUGGAAACGUUUCAGCAAAAUCUGAUUGCAUACUUUGAUGCGAUGGACAAACUUCAUCUUACUGUUAUGCGUCUCAUUUCCAUUGGAUUGGGACUUCCACCGAAUUAUCUGUGUGACCGUUGCAAUGAACGUCACGAAAACUUGAGGCUUCUUCAUUACCCGCACAUGCCAGUGAGCAAUAGUCCGAGCAAGGAACCUCGAUCUCGAGGAGCCAUACAUUCGGACUUUGGUACCAUUACACUGCUUAAUCAAGACGGCGUAGGAGGUCUUCGUGUGCAAUGCCGUAAUGAUACUUGGGUAUUUGUGGAACCAGUCGAUGAUGCUGUCGUUGUGAACGUGGGAGAUAUGCUGCAACGAUGGACAAAUGGCAUUCUGAAAGCGACCCUACAUCAAGUGGUAGAGGUUCCCAGCAAGAACGGCGAGACAUACAUCCCAGAGCGCUAUUCUAUCGCAUUCUUUUGCAAUGCAAACAAAGAUACAUUGCUCGAAUGCUUACCCCCAUGCGUUUCAGAGGACAGACCAGCCCAAUAUGAACCGGUCAAUGCACAUGACUAUCUGACUAUGCGCUUAUCGGCUACCAUUGACGCCUCCUCGUCGUGA